AUGUCAAAGUCGACCGGUAACUUUUUGACGCUUGAAGAGGCCGUGCACAAGUUUUCGGCUGAUGGCAUGCGAUUGGCGUUGGCCGAUGCCGGGGAUGGCAUGGACGAUGCGAAUUUCGUAGAAACAGUGGCAGAUGCAGGCGUUCUACGGUUGUUCAAUUUUCUGCAGUGGGUCAAAGAAACGCUGACAGAAUUGGAUGGGCUUCGAACAGGGCCAAUGUCAUUUUUUGCCGAUCGCGUAUUCAGCAAUGACAUGAACCGAUGCAUUAAGGAGAGCGCCAAAAACUACGAGAAACUUCUGUUCAAGGAGGCGGUUAAAACAGCCUUUUUUGAAUAUCAGGUGAAAACUAAGUGUUUUUAUUUAUUAUUGACAUGCUUUGCACGGAGUACCUGAUA